UGUCUUUACAAGCCGCAGUUCAAUUGCAGUAAGCUAGCCAUGGGGAGAAGACCUGCAAGAUGUUACCGCCAGAUUAAGAACAAGCCUUACCCAAAAUCACGGUUUUGCCGUGGUGUCCCUGAUCCAAAGAUUAGGAUCUAUGAUGUGGGCAUGAAGAAAAAGGGAGUUGAUGAGUUUCCUUUCUGUGUGCAUUUGGUCAGUUGGGAGAAGGAGAAUGUCUCUAGUGAGGCACUUGAAGCUGCCCGUAUUGCGUGCAACAAGUACAUGACCAAGUCUGCUGGGAAGGAUGCCUUCCACCUUAGGGUCAGGGUUCAUCCUUUCCAUGUUUUGCGUAUUAACAAGAUGUUGUCAUGUGCUGGAGCUGAUAGGCUCCAAACUGGCAUGAGGGGAGCUUUUGGUAAGCCACAGGGUGUUUGUGCUCGUGUUGCAAUUGGUCAGGUUCUUCUCUCUGUUCGCUGCAAAGAUGGAAACAGUAACCAUGCACAAGAGGCUCUGCGUCGUGCAAAGUUUAAGUUUCCUGGCCGACAAAAGAUCAUUGUCAGCAGAAAGUGGGGUUUCACUAAGUUUAGCCGUACCGAUUAUCUGAAAUACAAGUCAGAGAACCGUAUUGUCCCGGAUGGUGUCAAUGCAAAGCUUCUUGGCUGCCAUGGUAGACUUGCUGCACGUCAACCUGGAAGGGCCUUUCUAGAGGCUGUUUAGCAAAUUGAAGUGGCAUAAUCCUACAAAUAGCACAUUAGUUUUCUACUUUUGUUGAUUGAAAAUUUGUGACUUGAACUUCUGUCUAUGCACGAACCUUGUCAGUAUCCAAUUGAACAUUUUUCAAUUAUAUUCUGUCUUUGAACUGCUAAAAGCUUAUAUCUUCCCCACUUGUGGGAAUAAACUGGGUAUGUUGUUUAUUCUGUC